AUGUCGGACGACGACGACUACGGAUUCACGUACUCGGACGAGGACGAGUUCAACGAAGAUGAGGUCGACAUCGAGAACGCUUACUACAACGCCAAAGGCUCGCUCGAGAGCGGUGCGAACGAAGCGGCGAUGAAAGGUUUCGAGGAAGUGAUCGCGAUGGAGCACGAGAAAGGCGAGUGGGGGUUCAAGGCGUUGAAACAAAUGGUCAAGCUGCUGUAUAAAAUGAACGACGCGGGGGCGAUGCUGGAGCGGUACAAGGAGCUGUUGACGUACGUCAACGACGCGGUGACGAGGAAUUACAGCGAAAAGGUGUUGAAUUCGAUAUUAGAUACGAUUGCGUCGAACGAGGAUAUGGGAUUUUUGCAAGAGUUUUACGAGACGACGCUUAGAAAAUUAGAAGAGACGAAGAACGAGCGUCUGUGGUUCAAGACGAAUCUCAAGCUGUGUAAACUGGUCUUCGACGCGAAAGAUUUCGCGCGCAUGCAGGUGAUUUUGAAGGAACUGCACAAGAGUUGCCAAAAUGAGGAUGGCACGGUGGAUCAGCGCAAAGGGACGCAGCUUUUGGAGGUGUACUCGAUCGAGAUACAAAUGUACACGGCGCAAAAGAACACGAAGAAGCUCAAGGAUUUGUACGAAAAGGCGUUAGAAGUGACGUCGGCGAUUCCGCAUCCGCGAAUCUUAGGCAUUAUUCGAGAGUGCGGUGGGAAGAUGUACAUGGUAGAGCGCGACUGGGAAAACGCGGCGACGGAUUUCUUCGAAGCGUUCAAAUCCUACGACGAAGCCGGUAGCGAUCGACGCGUGCAGUGCUUGAAAUAUCUGGUCCUGGCGAACAUGCUCAUGGAGAGCGAAGUCGACCCGUUCGACGCGCAAGAGGUGAAACCGUUUCGCGAGGAUAAAGAAGUCACCGUCAUGCGAUCGCUCGUUGGCGCGUAUCAACGAAACGAUAUCGCGGCAUUCGAGCAACUCCUCAAGACGCAUCGCGAGCAAGUCAUGGGCGACGACUUCAUUCGCGAUUACGUCGAGGAUCUCCUGAAGAACAUCCGCACCCAAGUCCUCUUGAGACUCAUCGAGCCGUACACCAGAAUCACGAUCCCUUACAUCUCCACCGAGCUCAACAUUCCCGAGCCCGACGUCGAGUCCCUCAUGGUUUCCCUCAUCCUCGACCGCCGCGUCGACGCCAAAAUCGACCAACGCGCGCAAGUCGUCCACAUCGCGCGCGAGGAUCCGCGCGCCAUCGACGCCAUCGCUCGCGCUCGCGGCUUCGCCAACUGGUCCGAGCGUUUACGCGAUCUCCAUCUCACCGUCGCCUCGAAGCUCGCGCGCGCGUGA